AUGCCACGAUGGAGGCGGGUCUUCGGGAACAAGCCCAAUCGCGACCGGGAAGAAAAUGAGGAUUCUAUCUAUCGCCCAAAAAGAACCCUGGGCAUUCUUAGUGAUAGGGAGACGGACGAAGUACCUGGAACCGUCCUUCUUCUCGCCUCUGAUCGAAAUGAACCUCUGGGAAUGCGGCACCAGCCGCAACGGAUGUCGGCCUCAUCGCUUCCCACGAGCAUUCAGCCCUCUUCACGCUCAUCUUCGCGAAACCCAGUCCCACAGAAAAAACGAACGGCGGACGGGCAAAUUGUCCUAGAUCCCCAACCUGAUGAUUCCGUCAAUGAUCCUCUCAACUGGCCAGUAUGGCAACGAGACACUGCGCUGAUCUCCUUGGGCUUUUACUGCUUGAUCGGAGGAGGCAUGACCACCAUUCUAGCCGCUGGAUUCAGCGAAGUUGCAGCUACGUACGGAGUGACUCAACAGAAAGUAGCGUUCACAACGGGCCUCUAUAUGCUGGGACUAGGCCUCGGAUCGGUGAUCAUGUCCCCAACUGCAAUCUUGUUUGGAAAGCGCCCUGUGUAUCUCCUCAGUGCGAUUCUGUUCAUCUUAUCGGGAAUCUGGUGCGCUCUUUCCCCGAAUUACCCAAGCUUGGUGAUUGCUCGGAUCUUCCAAGGUAUUGCGGUGAGCCCGGUGGAAUGCCUCCCGUCGGCUACCAUUGCGGAAAUCUACUUUUUACAUGAGCGGGCCUAUCGAGUCGGCAUUUACACGCUGUUAUUGCUUGGUGGAAAGAACUUGGUUCCCCUCGCCAGUGCUGCUGUAAUUGGUAGUCUCGGGUGGCGUUGGGUGUUCUGGAUUGUGUCUAUCAUCGUCGGUGGCUUUUUGGUCCUGUUGUUUUUCUUUGUCCCAGAAACCUUUUGGGAUCGGACUCCGCGCCCUCGAAAGUCGCACAAGCGUCCGCAUGCUCAUCGAACUGUUUCCGACUUGAUGACCCACGGGUUCAGAGGACGUCGUCCUCAUGUGCAGAUUCCUGACGAACCAACGUCACCGAAUGACAUUGAUCCAGCAUCGCCGACUGAGAGGAAGCAUAAAAAUGCUCACGUUGGAUUUGCGAACGAUCUACCGACCAACGAAAAACAUACGCCAGAAGGAAAUGGAGAUUACUUCUAUCCACACGCUGGAGAUCCCAGUGAUGCUCAGGUCCACUCCGAGCCAUCUCAACCCAAUCCUGAACAAAGUGGUGGUUUGCAGCCGCUUCAAUCUGUUCACAUUGAAGCCUCUCAUAGGAACCCCGGCGAGGCGGAAGAGGCGCGCCCCGUGGCCAUUUCACCUGCACGCACUGAGUCUCGUGAAACCAGUGCUCAUCUCUCCUCUACUCUACAAUACACGAACCGACUACGUGACCGCCCAAAGGUCCCCUACGUUCAGCGACUUAAGGUAUGGAAUGGGCGAAUUGCCCGUGACAACUGGUUUAAGAUUGCUAUGCGGCCGUUUGUAUUAUACGCCUACCCAUCUGUUCUUUGGUCCGCUGUCGUCUACGCUCUCUCUGUUGGAUGGCUCAUUGUGAUCUCGGAGUCUGUGGGUAAGGUCUUCGAAAACGAUGAGGGCUAUGGCUUCACUGCCCUUCAGACGGGUCUGGUCUACAUAUCGCCCUUUGUCGGUGGCCUACUCGGGACUGCAGUAGCGGGCAAAGUGUCGGAUAUGGUUGUGCGUUUUCUCACCCGGCGUAAUGGAGGAAUUUAUGAGCCCGAGUUCCGCCUCGUAAUGGCAAUCCCCAUCGCAUUGUCAACUACAAUUGGGUUGAUGGGAUUUGGAUGGAGUGCACAGCUAAGAAAUGCUUGGAUUGUACCAACGAUUUUCUUUGGUGUGAUCUCGUUCGGAUGCUGCUUGGGAAGUACGACUGCCAUCACUUUCUGUGUGGAUAGUUACCGCCAGUAUGCAGGGGAAGCAUUGGUGACGUUGAACUUUACCAAAAGUAUGCACUACCCCUUCUUCUCGUCGGAAUUGACUAAUCUUUUUCUUCAUCUAGACAUCGUUCACGGACUUGUAUUUUCUCUCUUCAUUGUGGAUUGGCUUGAUGCGGAUGGCUUCCGCACCGUCUAUCUUGCCAUCGGCGGGAUUCAACUAUUCUUUCUACUCAUGUCGAUCCCAAUGUACAUGUACGGUAAACGGGCCCGUAUGUGGACGGUCCGCAAGCGCCUGAUGGAACGAUUCUGA